AUGUCUUCCGACGCUAGUUCUCGCGGUUCCAUCUCCGACCACUUCCGUUCUCGCACCUCGUCUGAUUCUUCGGGUCGUAUAUCAUCCGUUGAUCGAUUCCGGGCCAAUUCUUUUGACGACGACCUAGAGUCCCACUCGUCCCCUCAUCGACAGAACUCGUCGAGGUCGUCUGACGCCGGUUCCUCGAUUCUCGCGGCCGAACUGCAACGUCGCGACUCGCCCUCUCAACGGGAUCUUGUCGGGGCUACCUCGAUCGUUCCAUUCGUUCCUAGUCUCCGAGAUGAGGAUAUUGGUGACGUCAAGUUUGACGAUCUGGAGGCUGAGCCUGAGCUCGUUGAGAUGCCUUUCGGGGUUCCCGGACCGUCUCCCUAUCACGUUGACUUCCUGGGGCCGACCCGGACGUCAUUUGAGACCCUCGCAUAUACCCUCCAUUAUUGUGACGCUCCGUCCUCGAUUGAAACUCGCAUUCCGGCCUUAUCCGAGCAACCUUGGUCCGCUCCGGCCGGCUUCCUCUGUGUUUAUGAGAGUUUCUUUACGGAGUGCGAUCUUACUUUUCCGAUUCCGGGCUUCCUGCUUGAAUAUGUAGCGAGGCGGGAGAUGGCUCUUUCUCAGCUUUCUGUUGCUGCCAUCCGGAAUGCGGUAGGCCUGGUUCGGUUGGCGAGUAGGUGCGGCGUGGUUGUCCGUUCUUCUCACUACGAGGAGGUGACUAAGAUUAAGAGCCUCAGCAAGAAAAAGCCGGGCUUAUACUACGUUCAGUCAUCCACGACUCCUAAGCUUGUCGACGAGGCCAAGAGCAAAACUAGUGACUGGUCGGCGGGAUACUUCUUUGUUAGGAUUUCGGCAGAAUCUGUUGAGGACGUUAGAAUUCCGAUCUAUACAGGGUGGAAAAUUUCACCCGCUCGUUUCCCGACGAUAUUUGAUCCAUUUCCCGAGCAGCUCAAGAAGGACCUCGAAAAGAUUCGCGCCGAGGGUACGUAUAUCUGGCCGUCUACUAACAAAGUUGCUCGCCGCCCCUCUCGGAAUCCUUCACGCGGUCGCCGAGGUUCUUCUCGUCGUGGGCCAAUUCGUCAAAGUUCCAAAGUUUCCGCUCCAUCGAAACCAGGUCGUAAAGCAAUGGGUAAGUUCGACCUGAGUGUGGUUCCGGAUUACGCCAGUCGUUACAAGGAGAAGAGGCCGGCCACGGAGACUCCUGUGGCGAAGCCAACUCGCUCAGAGGAGCGACAAAUGAGGGAGGCCCUGAAGAAGAGUCUCUUAGAUCAGGGAGGGCGUCACGCCUUCCAGGCCGGGAGUUCUCGACCGUUGAGCCCUAACUCCGAGAGGGUAAAAAAGAACGAGGUGCUCGCAGCCCGUUUAACUCAGCAGGCUGGUGAGGGUGACCGAGCUGUAAUCCUUCCCCCAAGUGACGAUCUCCGGGCCGUAGGAGCCCGAAGUGGCUCAGUCGAGCCUCUGAAUAGGAAGAGGCCGGCUGAUACGGGAGCUCGUCCGAUUGCCCAGAAGAGGCCUCGGGUCGCCGACCACCGGUGGUCGUACCGCUAUGUCGAUAGGGAUGUUCCCUUCACAUCUAAUGCGGAUGCCUGUGCUGCUCUAUUCCGCGAGAUGGGUCAUGGCCCCGGCUCGUUCCCUCUAAUUGAGGAUCUUCGGGAGCGGGAUGCGUAUACCGAGGCGGCCAGGAAAUCAUGCGAGGCGACUUUCGCGAUGAACCGCAUGGUUCAUCUCUACGAGCGCCGAGUUCGUCGGCUUUCGACCGAGAACCCGAAUUCGAGUGAUUAUCAGGCUGCCAUUGCUGCGGAGAAGGAGCGGGUAGAGCAAGUCUCGCGAGAGUUGGGUGCUGUUAAGGACGAGGCGGUGAAGCUUAGGGAGAAGGUCAACCUUCUCGAUCAUCACCGGAAUGGGCUGAUUGCGGAGAGGAACCGUUUGAGCGCCGAAGUGGAGGCAGAGAAGGCUCGGUAUGACGAGCUCGCUGUGAUCCUCCGCUCCGAAAAGGCUAGACUGCGAGAACGUCGUGCUGAGUACGGCGAGUACUGUAGGGGUAAAGCUCUUGCGAAGAUGGCCCGGCUGUUUCAGGCUCGUCUCACCCGUCUACAGGCUCAUGUUGAGGAUACCCGUGCCGCGCAGCCCACUCUUCUGCUUUACAACCAGGCGGUCGGGAACCUUGGUUUUCUGAAGGCCUUAGUGGAAGACGGCGAGGUCGUCAUUAAGUCGGAGGAAACGCUUUCCAGGGUUGAGGCCGACGUGGCGCAGUACAGAGCUGAUCUUGCGGCCUUCGACGUGACCGAACUUCAGGAUGGCGAUUUUGACGCCUAUACCCUCUUUGCGGAUCGGAACGAGGUUACUGAGAACCUUCAGUAUGCCGCUUCGGCUGCCAGUGGUAGGGACUUCGUCGGAGGUGACGAGGUCGAAGAAGAUGCCGUUGAUCAGGACACUCAGCAGGAGGUCGCAGUUGAAGCUCGCGAGACCGGGGCCGAACUUCAGGAUGGGGGUGGUUUUGGGACCGAGGCUAUAGGCGCUGAGCAGACUGGCGACGGCCAGGAGGUUCCACGGGUGGCUACUCCGCUAGCUCAGGUUGUCCAAGACGGGGAGGACAUUGAUAUCGAAGGCUGA